CGUUGGACAUUGAGCAUGCGUACCAUAUCUGAAGUUCGUAAAUUGAAAUUGAACAUGCGUAAUUAAUCUUUCUGAAUAGGAAAAAAUAUAUACACAACAAAAACUCUCCGUUUAUGGAACAUGCGCAUUCGUUCUCAGGUGUUUCGUGUUGAAAGUGAGCAUGCGCAUGGUUGUUUUUAGAGGUAAUACACCUAGUUUGUGGCUCAGCAUGUCAAUUGUAACAGUGCAACUUGGUCAGUGUGGCAAUCAGAUUGGUUUUGAAGUUUUUGAUGCUUUGCUUAGAGACUCACACAGUUCUCAUGGACUCUGCUGUAAGAGAGAGAAUGAGGCAUAUCAAGCAUCUUGCAAAGAGAGAUUCUUCAGUGAGGAGGAGAAUGGAGUUCCAAUUGCCCGGGCUGUUCUUGUUGACAUGGAACCCAAAGUUAUCAAUCAAACACUGUCAAAGGCUGCCCAGUCUGGCCGAUGGAAAUAUGGUCAACAUGCAUGCUUCUGUCAAAAACAAGGUUCUGGAAACAACUGGGCAUAUGGUUACUCUGUUCAUGGACCCAGGCACGAAGAAUCUAUAAUGAACCUAAUCCGGAAGGAAGUGGAGAAAUGUGACUCUUUCAGUGGUUUUUUCAUCAUAAUGAGUAUGGCUGGGGGCACAGGAUCAGGAAUAGGAGCUUUUGUUACACAGAAUUUACAAGAUCAGUACUCAAACUCAUUGAAAAUGAAUCAGAUUAUUUGGCCUUAUGGAACUGGUGAGGUAUUUCAGAUUUUUUUUUUCUUUACAGGAGACUUAAUGGAGCAUUUAGUUCCCCAUCCUGAAUUCAAGAUGCUGAGUGUUCGUAACGUUCCUCACAUGUCUGAGAAUUCAUUGGCAUACAGUACAUUUACUUGGGCUGGCCUCCUCAAGCAUUUGAGACAGAUGCUCAUUUCUAAUGCAAAGAUGGAAGAAGGUAUUGAUUGGCACGUGCAGCCUCCUUCAUCAGGACUUCCUUCUCUUGGUAAAAUGUCUCUCAACAAGGACCUGCAUUUUAACACUUCCAUUGCUAACUUGGUCAUUCUUCGUGGGAAAGAUGUGCAAAGUGCAGAUGUGGAGGGAUUUAAAGAUCCAGCUCUCUACACUUCCUGGUUAGAACCUGUUAAUGCUUUCAACGUGUGGAAAACCCAGCGGGCCUUUAGCAAGUAUGAGAAGUCUGCAGUGUUGGUCAGCAAUAGCCAAUUCUUAGUAAAACCACUUGAUAUGAUUGUCGGGAAGGCAUGGAAUAUGUUUGCUUCAAAAGCCUACAUUCAUCAGUACACAAAAUUUGGAAUUGAAGAGGAGGACUUUUUAGACAGUUUCACGUCAUUAGAGCAGGUUGUUGCCAGUUACUGUAACCUCUGAUCUUGAACAAUGGGAAAAGUACCUUAGGGCAUUCUUGGACUAAAAUAUUUUCAAUACGAUUUUCUCUGUAAAGUUUUCAAAGUUCCAUUCUGUUAAAGUAACCACGUAGAAUGCUGAGUCUGUUCUGCAUACUAUGCCCACAGAAAAGGAAGAAAACUUUUUAAAUGGAGAAUCGCAUGUUUUUUAAUGAAAACAUCCAUUUGGUAUUUCAUUUGUAAGAAAAAAAUGGUGCUUUUAUAAAGAACUUUGGGGAAACACUUUGCUGAGAUGUUGGGACUCUGGAACUAGCCAAGAAAAGAGGAUAUUCUCUACACGUUCCGAAAUCUUCCUUCUUUACUCCAAAAACAACUCACAAAGCAUGAACCAAACUUUCACAGCAUAAUUUCAAGCUAAGGAAUUGUAAUUCUCUACUUAAUAUAUUCAUGUUUGAAAUGAAUGCUUUGAACCACA